GGAAACGGAAGUGGCGGCCGUAGCUGCUCGGUGGCAGAAAGGGAGGAACGGAAGGGUGUUUUUGUCGGGCCGGGCGACGGCCCCUCAGAGCUGCCGAGGCGCGCGCGCGGAAGAGAAUGGUCCCUCGCGGAGCGUCGUUGAGGGAAGGGGCCCGGGAAGGGUCCGAGCGGUUCCUCAACAGAAUAUAGAAAGCACGCUACAUCCAAUGAUCUCUUCUGCCUGCAGGCCUUCUAUCAAUCUGCUUCUCCCUGACUGGUGCCUAAUAGCAUUGAUAAUACCGAACACUCACUACUCCUGAUGAUCUAAAGUGCUUCUGUCCACAGCGUGUGGUGUUGGAUUUAUUUGGCCUAAUCUCAGAAAGAGGAUCCAUGUACACCCCAAGUGGCUCGGUGUUGCCCAGUGGGCGUCGGAGGAGAGGCCAGGAUGGGAGUGCCUUGCCGAAGCAGCCAGAACGGAGCUUGGCUUCUGCAUUGCCUGGUGCCCUCUCAAUAACUGCUCUGUGUACUGCUUUGGCAGAACCUGCCUGGCUACGAAUCCAUGGGGGCACUUGUUCUCGCCAAGAGCUGGGAGUUGCUGACGUGCUGGGAUAUGUUGACCCUGAAUUACUGAAAGAGUACUGCAUGAACCCCCAGACAGUGUUGCUGCUUCGAGUUAUUGCUGCUUUCUGCUUCUUGGGAAUCAUCUGCAGCCUUUCAGCCUUCCUGUUGGAUGUGUUUGGGCCCAAGCACCCUGCACUGAAGAUCACUCGGCGUUACGCCUUUGCCCACAUCCUCACAGUGUUGCAGUGCGCCACCGUGAUCGGGUUCUGUUACUGGGCCUCGGAGCUGAUCCUUGCGCAGCAGCAGCAGCACAAAAAGUACCACGGCUCGCAAGUGUAUGUUAUAUUUGCUGUCAGCUUUUACCUGGUAGCUGGAGCUGGUGGGGCCUCUAUCCUUGCCACAGCUGCCAACUUGCUGCGCCACUACCCCACUGAAGAAGAAGAGCAAGCCUUAGAGCUCCUCUCUGAGAUGGAGGAGAAUGAACCUUACCCAGCGGAGUACGAAGUGAUCAACCAGUUCCAGCCUCCUCCAGCCUACACACCAUAAUGCUACUACUGGAUGAUGGGGCCUGGGGUGGGAAGCUUUCUUCCGGCCUGACCCAAAGCCCUAACUGCAGACGAUUGUCUGGGAAUGCACUUCCUUGUUAUGGAGCCACUCACCGGUGCUUUUUUCCGAGGUGGUUCGCUCACUUUUACUCCCUCCUUGCUAGGGAGAGAACUCACUUUGGAGAGUCACCCAAGAGGAGCUUUGCCUGUGCAGUGACCUCCAGAGCAGCCCUGUGUUCCAAAGCAAUCAGCUGGGUGACCUUUGUUUCCCAGCGUUCCUUGCGUUAUGUACACCGAGCCUCUGAAAUAACUGGCCAGCGUGACCCAGCUGCAGCUUUGUACUUUCUCUGAAUCCACAGACUUGUCCUGGGCUGCUCAGAGACUUGCGCUCACUUGAACGUACUCCUGUGCAGAGAGGAAGAGCACAGCUACAUCAGGAGGAGGCCUCGCCUCGCCUCGUCUGGGGAGGAGAUGGCACGUGCACAGCUUGGCUAAGUGGGUGGGGGUCGGCCGGGGUCCACUAUUUUUUGCAUUGUGAUAAGAUCUUUCACACUGGUACGUACACUCGCAGUAGUGAGUUCAACAGUCCUGCACUGUCCAUCCACCCGAGCUCAGAGGCGGUUGCCUCUUUGUGGGGAAUGUGACUCUCUCGCGGAUAUUCACACCUGGGGGCAAGCCUGCUCUGCAUUUAGCACAUCUAAAGGUGGAAAUCCUUCUCUAUGCACUGGUUUGUGGGGAGGUGACAUACUUCCGUUGGUUCGUGUGCUUGCCGGAAAGUCUUGGUAAGCUUCCUGCCACCAUUGCUUCAUCGACUCCCACAUUCUGCCUCAUGCUACUUAACGGAAGCAUUUUGCACUUUAUUUGCUGUUCUCACAGCCCCCUUCCCUCCCUAAGUAUUUGGGGGUGGGGAGACCAACUAAACUUGUCAGAACGAGCUCCAGGAUAGUGCCACUACUGAAUUUCUCUUGGAUAGGUUGGUCUACUUCUGAUAAAGUAACAGGGCCUUUAGAAGGGCUAUCAUUCCAAUUGGCACUGGCGCGUACAUGCACACAACACGCAUGGCCCACUUUCAGUUAUCACCAAAUAUCAAGACUAUAUGCAAAUACCUGGUUCCAGGCUUGAUUUUAAUUACUUUAAUCUAUAUUAAUUUAAACUUUUUCUGUCUACUUUUGAUUCUACCCUCUCUGUAGCCCCAAAGCUUUUCCUCCCCUUAAGUCAGUGUGUUAGUGAGAUGCAGAGAUCUUCCUAAUAGUCACAGGCAGUAAUACCUUGUCUGUACAUGGAAAAUAGGACUAACUUCCCUUUUCUCUUUGCAUAUUGUAGUGCAUUGAGCUAAAACUGCUUUGAAUAAGCCAGCAACUUUAUUUACUCAUGACGGCUGGUUUUUACUGGCUAGGGAACAACUUAGGUGGAAUGAGGAAGUAAGAGAGACGGCGGUGUAUCAAGUUUUUUGAAAAGAGAAAAAAAUGUUUUAAUGUUACCAAGAUGGGAGUUUGCUCCUAUUCAAGCAAACUUAAAAGAUCCAGCAAUGAAACCUGAUUGAUGCUCUGAAGGAUAUUUGCCAUGAUAUGAAUGCUGAAGCUAUAUCCCGAGGGCAUGUCUGUCUUUUGAAUUCAUAUCUGGUUUUGAACUAUCAGCUUCCUUCUGUUCUUCCAUACUUGUCCUAGUUCAUGCAGAGGAUAUCAUGUGCAGUGUUGUCUGAGAUUUCCGGGUUGCAAGUAUAAAAUGUUAUAUCUGCAAGCGGGAGAGGGAUGACUCAUUUAUGUUCUCUUAAUUGCUUAGAAAGAAAACUGGGGCAAAGGUUUUUAAUGGGAUUCUGAAGAGUUAUUUAAGGCGCUUCCUCCUCUGAAAAAUAUGGUGGCAACGGACCAAACUGUAGAAUUUGGGAGGCAUCUGACUGUAGAAACAGAGUGAUGUCCUUUGCAGCAGGGGUUAAAGAAGCUUUCAUUCAGCUCCAGUCCGGUGGAUAAGGAGUAUCACUGGCACAGCCUUCAUUUUGUGUGCCCUUCUUGCUAUUGCUGCAUCAUUUUUUACCAGAGGAAGGUUUUCUACAUGUUCACAAAGCAGACUCCAGAGCACAUUUUGUGUGUGGUGCAAGCAGAGGCUGCCCCUCCCUUCAGACUACUGCAUAUGAGAAAAGAGUUUGGCUGUAAAUAUUGUGCAUAAUUUUACUAUUUCCACCUAAUCUCUUACUUUUUUGGAUCGUGAUGAGAUUGAUGUGAGGUCUGGGGAAGAACUUGAUCACUCUCUUUCAGUCUUCUCCUUUUCUGGCUCUGAGGAGGGAGAGCGAGCUCCUCCACGUGCCAACGGGAGCUUGACCCUUCUCCAGAACGGAGAUGGUUUUCCCUCGGCUUGUUUCCACAGAGGGUACUUAACUAAAACUUGUUUCCAUGUAAUCUGUGUACUUGGUUACUGUGAUUAUUUUAAGACCUUGAGCACCGUUCACAAAGCCCUGUUGAUUAAAUCCAUCUGUAAAAUCCCGAAUUCCUUUUUCUACCAAAAAUAAAAGAAGGAUGUAAAUAGUCUCUUGCUGGAUGUUUAGACUGUGGCUCACAAAAGAAAUUAUCACAGACUUGAGCAAUCCUGUGCACUCCCUCCAUUAGAAAACAUUAACCAAAUCAGCUAGUGUUUGCUUUUGUAUAGCCCGCCUGUCCAAUCAUCAUUGACCAUGGUCUUGCAUGUACAUAAUAAAACGCUUUUCUGAUUUUGUUUUUGACAGCGAUCACACUGCUUGCUGCAGGUAUGUGUGAAGCAGUCCCUAGCCUUUGUCAACAUUCCUUGAAACUAUUUUUCUUCCUAAGGACUGA